ACUCGCUCGCAGCAUCCCCCGUCUUUUGUCAGGCGCACCUCCUUGCCAUUUGAGGCGACAUUUCUGGAGCUUGCAAGCCAGGUACGCCCAAGACCACUGCAGCGGCAGCCCAGCAAGGAAGAAGGAGAGACCUGUGGCAGCGUGUUGUUGGUAUUUCCGGCACUUAUGUGAGAAUACAACUCCAAACGCAGGGAUUCGCCGGUUCCAUUUUUCGUCUACGGGACGCCCAUAUAUCGGCCGCCUUUUCUCAGCGCAAGCGAGGCCAACCUCGGAUAUCAUAACCUGGCGUAGUCCGAGCAUAUCACCUACUACAGCAUCUUGUAUGUUAUAACAGACAGAUCUCCGUCUGCUACAGAACCUUCAUAUUUUAGCACAGCGAGCGCCCAGCCUGUCCUGCCUCGCUCAGUUCAAGCGUGCGACUAUCAGACUCGUCCCCGAGCUCCCGAAAGUCUAUCGCCGGUGCCCCUGUUGAAACUCAGUCUCCGCUUCAAUCUUCUUCGCACGAGCACGACUUCACCUUGGCCAGUGGAGGGUUCGUGGUCAUUGGCUACCAUUGACUUCAAGAAGUGCUUCGGGUGGAUGGGCCAGCUCUUUGUUUAAGCUCAUCCAGUCCGAGUCUGUCUUGUCUGCCAGUGCCAGUCCUACUGGGAUCUUGCACCCAGACCCAAGGCAGCUGCACCCCAUCGUCUGUGAACCAAACCAAAACUGCAAAGGAAACAUUUGAGCCAGCAUAAACGCAGAGUCCUCGUGCAGAUUGCUCUAUCCUGCGACUAGAUAGCACUGCUAUACGGCUAUAGGAGGGGACCCGCGGCCCUUUGAUGAGCGUCGGUGACAGCAGGACCACUGUUGGCUCCGCAGCGCUGAUACGACAACCAGCGACAAACACCACGAAUACCACUGUUGCAGUGGGCUGCUAUUAAAAGGCUGCCAUUCUUCAGCUUACUGAGCAGACACGACUUUCUAUACAGCUUCCGAUCUCCGGGCCCAGUCACGCCCUAUCAGUCCGCAGCACCACUCGGUGGACUGGCACCUCACACCGAUCAUUUCCGCUGGGCCAGCCAUCUAGGCCAGAUUCUCCUGCUCCAACACACACUGGCAGGCCCCCACCGGACGACUGCUCCACGCUCAAAGUCUAUAAACUAGCUGAGUAUCCAGAGCGCUGCCCGGUCCGCGAUCGCUCUUGCACACCACUGAACUGUGCGAACUCUUUUAACUUGGCGCCAUCUGGAGCGUGGAUAGGCUCUUUUCUGCCACUGGACAGCGAAUUUUAUCUUCCCCAGGUCCCUCAGUCGCCAGUAAAUCCACUGUCAAACGGUCCCCAGCGGGCCUUCAGAUCACCUCUGAAACUUUGAGUCAAGUCUUUCUGGUUCCUCCCUUUGGGACUCGACGCCGUGCACUAGCAGCACAUCCAGAAGUCAUCCAAAGUCAAAUCUCCUGCGAACCAUCUGCUGGCCUAGAGGUCCUGUGGACGCUGAUUUGUCCAUUUAGUAAACAUCUGAUCACCGCCGGCAGCGGCCUGUCUCUGGCGGUCGCGACAUUUGCAUCCCUCUCGUUAUCAGAGCUCACGUCAACACCUCCCCCAGAGCUCUCUUCUUCGCAUCUCGGGGUUUGGUGCAGGGCAUCGAGAUCUGAACUUUGAUCUGGUCGAUAUCUUGUCUCUGGUGAACUUCAUAACUUCCUGGCAAAACCACUUGGGCGCCUCAGACAGCGAGUUGCGGGAUCGUGCAUUUCCACGAUCUCGCGCAUUUCAGCGUACCUUUAACGCCUACAGCGUCCCUGUGUCGUCCUUUCUUUUUCCCCUUCACACCACUCUACUCUCUGGGACUUCGACCAUUUGGCAUCUUCCCACCGACGCAUGAUCUCGAUUUUUGCGGUCUGAGUUUCGCCUAGAUUAGAGUCUUGGACCUCCCGAAAACUUUCAUCUCACAAGGCUCACUAGCCAGAAAGUUCGACACUUCUUACAAGCUUUCACCAUGUCAUCGGGGGGAGCAGCCCUCCAGCCAACUUUCCGAGGUCAUGUGGCCACUACCCAAGAUGCUCUAAUCCUCUUUGAAGCGUGUUUACAAGGACAUCUCUCACAUGUACCCCGGCGACCGCACGAUCGAGAACGGAGUAGCCUGAUCCGCAGCGGCUGCAUCUUCAUCUACGAAGAAAAUGCAUCGGGGAUCAAGAGGUGGACAGACGGCGUAACUUGGUCACCCAGCAGAAUCCUGGGGAAUUUCUUGGUAUACCGCGAACUCGACAAGCCCUUUCCUCCUGGCGAAAAGAAGCGAGCGAUGAAGAAGCAGCAGCGACGAUCGACCAGACCUGGAGAGCCGUACGCCAGAUCCGAGGGGGGUUCGUUUUCGGACGGCCAGUCUGGUCCUUUUGGAGGCGACCGUGGCACCGCAGCCGACGUCGAGAGACAACUAAUAGGUUCGCUCGUGGACUCGUAUGGGUUCAAGCAGGACGGGCUCGUAAAGAAGACCAUGAGCGUAACCGUGCAGGGAGUUACCCAUCACUUGGUGUCCUAUUACCACGUCAACGACGUUUUAUCCAACAAGCUGCGGACGCCUUCACAGACUGAGAACCUGCAGUACAUCCGGCCGCGCCCUGAGCUCAUCUCAAAACAGAGCUUCAGAUCUCCAAUCGAAGAGGUUGACGAUGUUGAUGGCGGUCAGGCCGCGUACGGCUACAGAGUCAAUCCUGCGGGAGUGUAUAUUCAAGAUUACAACAAGCAGCAGUAUUACUUGCCCUCAGGAUAUCCACCUAUGGCCCAACAGCCCGGUGCAGCACCUUACGGAAUGAACGUGGCCUCGAUGCCCGCAGCUUACAUGCCGUCACCCGUGACUACGCCGCACCUUCAAGGACAACGAAGUGAUUACAAUCAAUACGAUCAGGCUGCGUACAAUCGCAGUUAUGAGUCGCUCAGCAACUCCCUCCCACCUGCAUCCAAACCCAUCAAUGCGACUCCCACCACCAUGCCAGCUAUGGUGUCGGACCGCGCGCAGGCUCAGCCUGGCAUGUACCCUCCUAUGAACAUGCAACCACCUCUGAACAACCUAAGCCCUGUAUCGAUGGACUCGAGGAGCAGUGUCCCGUACCGAACCGCUUCGUAUCCCGUUUCCACAAGUACGCCACAGAUCGAUCACGCUCGCCAAACACAGUCCUCUCCGACGGAAAUCAAGUAUGAAGAUCGCAGGGAUUCUGCACCACAGCAGACACAGAUGUAUCAAAGCACGAGAGCUCCCUACUAUGCAGAUGGAGCUGGACAACCUAUGCCCCAGCCGCAUUAUCCACCACAUACCCAUCUCGGACAGUGGGCUACACAAAAUCAUUCCCAUUAGGAUUGUGCAUUUGAUGCUGAAGGCACGAGACCGCGGCCAGAGUUUGCAGUUCCUAGUCCAAUUUUUUGAAUAGGCGGGUUAUAUCUCUGGAUCCUGCUGUGUGCGUCUAGUUAUCACUCGAUACCUUAAUUAUGAGGCGUCUGCGUGCCUCCUUCUGCCCUAUCUCACGCACCCGGGAUCUGAGAGGCCCGGUUCGUCCGACGCCAGCCUGUCUAUCCUGAUAUACCUCGGCACUUGCAUCUGGAGUCUGAUGUGGGCACCAUGACCGGUUAUCUGACCGAUGGAUUUUUAUUUCACAAUCUGCAGUUUACUCGAGGGAAGGCGGAGUUCUGCUCUACAGCUGCGGAGGGGGUUUGGGCCGGCCUCAUCAGGUGCGCCUUCCUGUCGGCCGGGAAUUUCUGAAGCUCUUGGCAGACACGAGAGGUUAUGACUGAAAUGGUGAACGGAAAGGGCCUGGUUUAUGGAAAAGCGGAUUCCCCGACGACAAUGCUUUGAAUUUGCCGUGGUUUUGUCUGGAAGUGGUUUGUUAAUUGGAAUGACUGGAAUGGCUCAAGGGAUGAGGAUGCCUUCUAUUUUCCUGGACAGGCCUGAAUGAGGCACUUCGAGGUCUGAUCUCUUUUGCUAUGCGCCCAUUGCACGACGCGAGGCAGGCCGACCACAAUUUGAUAGACCAAACUCGUCCUGGCCAUUGCGUAUGGGUCGGGGUAAAGUAGCCUGCCCAUGACACGAUAUGGCGAGUGAAGGCUACGCCUGCAGUUCCGUUCCAGCCAAGUUGCUCUCCCAGGUUUUGCCCACGUCCGAAUCUCCCUUCAGCUGCCACGUGACUGUGAUUGACUGCGCAUCACGUGCAAGGUCUACCAAUCCUACUGUAGUAGCAAUACUUCUAGUAAUGCCUUUCAAUCAUUGCGG